GUAGGAGAGCUCCCUCAUUCCUAUCGUCUCAUCAGCAUUGUCAGCCAUAUUGGAAGCACAUCCUCUUCAGGCCACUAUAUUAGUGAUGUCUAUGAUAUCAAGAAACAGUCCUGGUUCACCUACAAUGACCUAGAAGUGUCUAGAACGCUAGAGGCCUCUGUGCAGUGUGAUAGAGACCGAAGUGGCUAUAUCUUCUUUUACAUGCACAAGGAAAUCUUCGAUGAGUUACUAGAAACAGAAAAGAACACACAGCCGCUUAGCAUGGAAGUGGGGCGGUCUGUUCGGCAGCCUCUGUGAAGAGCAAAUCCCUUGUUUCUCCCAAGCAUGGAGAAUUCUAAACUUGUGCAAGUCACGCAGGAGUAGCAAACAGCUCAGGGCCAAAACGAGAGACAAAAAGUAAGGCGUAUGGGAUGCUUAACUUGCAGAACCACGCAUGUAAACCUUGGCCUGAACCACACUGGUAAACCUUUGACAUCCCAAAGCACUCCUCCUGUGGUGAGAUUUUUAUUGUUCCAGAAAUAUUUCUGUCAGCAUGGAGCCUUAAAGCGUUACAUCAAGCCACAAGACCACAGCUGCUCAUAAACUGAUGAAACAAUAGUGCAAAAAGAGACUUGACUUUAAAGUCCAUUAACUAUGAUAUGUGAACGGGGAAGAUUUACAUAUCACGUGGCAUUCUGUUUUUUCCCCCACGAGCAAUUAAAGCAAUACAGCCUGCAACCUGGC